UUGCGCAUAAAAGAGAGCCCCAAGCACUGCCCUACGCGCUCCCCGCCGACGAGGCUGCAGGGCACACAGUCGGCCAAAGUGGCGCCCUUCAGGCCUUUCCGACGCUUGUUCGGCCAACCCCAUCCUCACCACAAGCAGAGCCUGCUGCGCUUUCUCUUCCCCCACGCCGUGCGCGAGCGAUACCGAGAGCGCCUGCUCGACUUCCGCCUAGACACCCUUCCAUACUACAAGCACCGCCUGCAGUCGCGCAUCUACCGCUACAUCCUCGGCCACCAGCAACGACGACUCUCCAAGACCCGCUGGGUUGACCACCUCACAAGGGCCGCGCAGAGCAGUCGACGCUUGCUGCUGGGGCCGCAACCUGGUGCCGCGCGGCAGGGACAUCACCACCAGCACCGAAAGAUCCAAGGCAGGCGGGGGAAUGUGCCUGGCAAGACAAUAGGCCCAGGCGACAAGACCGAAGGCAUCAAGAUGGCCCAGUCGGGCAGUGGCGGCAGCGGCUAUGGCUACGGUAACGGCUAUGGCUACGGCGGCAGCGAUCCCGGCCAGUACGGCGAUCGGGAGCCUGGCACGCGGCGCAGGAAACUUGCAGGUUUUGCCAAAAGUGUCUACCAGGCCGGCGUCGCCACCGCGUCUGAGAUUCGCAACCAGUACGACAACACGAGGAUACGCGGCGUCGUGGACGUGGAUGACCAGAGCUACAAGGUGUCAAUACCUGGCUCGUUCCCCAAUGUUGCUAUCAUCAGCAAAGGGGACGAGCAGAUGAUCCUGUUCCCUUCGUACGCCGCCAGGCAUGUUCGGCGGUUCAGGGACGACGAUAGGCAGCCGUCGGCGCAUGUCGAAGGCGAGCGCAGGGAGGCCGACCUCAGCGAAGAGGACUACUGGCGCAACGAAUGGGCGAGAAUGGAGGACAAGAAGGCCGUGGUCGACGUGGACGUGCGGGGAUGGGUAUAUGCGCCGCACAAGGGGCCGAUGACAAGGAAAAAUAGGGUCCUGAUUGGUCUUGCGAGGAGGCUCAGUGGUGUGCCGCAACAGUUACAGCAGCCUUCUGGACAACCAGGGUCUCUCAGAACCGGUCACGAGGAUCGCGAGGACGCGAGGGAGCAGCAAAAGAUCGACAAGGAGGCUGAGAUGAUUGAGAGGCGAGGCCAGGCUGAGAAAGAGGCUGCUCUUAAAGGAGGGUACAGCGAGACUCCCAAGGCAGAUGACUCGGAUGGUGAAGGCCCGGGGACAUCCCUUCGAAGCCGGAGUGCAAGCGGAAGCGCCACGCCCAUGUCUGUGCCCUCUUCUCCGAGACUCUCUGCGAGGCCUGUCAACAAUGGCGGCGCCACAAUGGAGUUGACCGAAGCCGAACUGGCUGUGGCCAACGCCAACCUAAUGGCCCGUCUCGGUCCAUUCUUGACCACUCCGCUGGUCGAUCUGCCUGUGACGCUGUUCUUCUAUAACAACGACCAAUCCGUGUCCCGGACGGUCAUGACCAACGACGCUGGCCACUUCUCCAUCCGAGCAGCACUAGACUUUGUCCCCACACACGUCCGCGUGCUGGCAAACGAGAAGCUGUCCGCGGUCGAGCCCGUCGAAGUCAUCGGAGACAACGGCGUCAGCGUCAUCAGCGACAUCGACGACACCAUAAAGAAAUCUAGCAUAUCUCUGGGUGCUAGAGAAAUCUUUCGCAACACAUUCAUCCGCGACCUCAAAGACCUCACCGUCGCCGGCGUCGAAGAGUGGUACGGCGAGCUCCACAGGAUGGGCGUGAGCUUCCACUACUGCUCCAACAGCCCCUGGCAGCUUUUCCCUGUCAUUGCCACCUUCUUCCGCCUGGCAGGCCUCCCUCCUGGGUCUCUUCAUUUGAAACAAUACAGCGGCAUGUUACAGGGUAUCUUUGAGCCAGUCGCCGAGAGGAAGAAAGGAACAUUGGAAAAGAUUCUGCGUGACUUCCCCAGACGGAGAUUCAUCCUCGUUGGUGACAGUGGUGAGGCGGACCUGGAGGUGUAUACUGACCUUGCGGUCGCGAACCCGGGGCGGAUACUUGCUGUCUUCAUACGCGAUGUCACUACGCCAGAGCAGACCGGUUAUUUCGACUCUGCGUUCAACGGGCCUGCACCAUCAGGUGCGCCCAGCAGACAACAAUCUACCAAUGCGCACUCAAGGAAAGAUUCUGGAAGCGAUCAUCCUUCGCGUAGACCGGCUCUGCCAUCUAGGACUGCUACUGGGGCUUCUAGACAAGAAGAACCGGCUGAGGAAGAUUUGAUCGACUUCUCGGAUGAGCCGCAAAAUAUGACUCCGAAGGAAGAGGAUAAGUUGCACAAGUCAAUGGAUGGCCCAUCGCGGUCUGUCGGUCUGCAAGAGCCGGCACCGCGCAAGAAGCCCCCUCCUCCAAGGCCCAGCAAGCCCGCAGCACUCAGGAGCGAAUCUUCAAACGCUUCCAGGACUGAAGCGCCCACCAAUGAGGCUGGGCCAGCCUCAUCGGCCAAGAUCCCAGCAGCAUCCCAACCGAGGAGCGCAAUUCCUCAUCCCCUCACACAGAUGCAGAACUCGUCGGGCCAGGCGUUGGGAAAGAGCCCAACGCUUCCACCUAGAAAACCAAGCAGCGGGAGCAACAGUAACGCCGGCUCUACAAAAUCGAACACCAACACCUCUAACGCUCAAUCGCCUUCCAGCACUUACUCUUCAACGGCAAAUAAGCAGCCGCCGCCACCACCGCCUCCUCGACGUCGCGGCACCCCGUCUCUGCUGAAUCUCAGUCCCAGGGCAAGGGCUCUGCGGCGCGCGGCGUCCAACUCGGACAUCGACAGCCUAAACCUGGACGCUUCUGCCCCGGCGUCUACACCCAGGCCCGACCCACCGAAUCGGACUGGGACGGCUUCCACCUUCGACUCUAUUCUGGGAUCUACGACUGGACACACUAUGCAGCAAGGGGGCCAGAACAUGCCUGUGAACAAGAAGCUGGAGCUCUGGAGGAGGAGGCUGGAAAGGGCGCACGACACAUUGGAGAAGGAAGGCGUGAGAUUGUACACUUGGCGCAAAGGGGGUGACGUCGUGUCAGAGGCAGUGGGGAUCGUCAAGGAAGCCACCGAGAAUACUAGAGAGACGGACAAAGCCCGGAAAUAA